AGCAAGCAAAUCAAGCAAAAGCAACACCUGAACCACAAAAAGUAUAGGAGAAAUAUUGAUUAACUUUUUCGGUGCGGCGGGUGAGAGAACCGUGUGGUGGCUAUUUAUAAUGAACGAAGUGACCGGUGGCCGGGAGCAGGGAUAACCGAGGAGGAAGCGGAGACCAUGCCAGAGACGAGGCAGCAGCAGCACCCAGCACUCACACACCCUACUGAACCCAAGGCAGAUCCAGAUCCAGAACACUUCCCCGACAAUAGACCGGAUCGCGUGCAGAACUUCUCCUUCGCCAGCAGCUAUCCCUACGCACCAGGACGACUAUCCUCCAGCUCGAAUGCGAACUCGAACUCCAUCUUGAACUCCAACUACAACCAAAACUAUAACUACAACUCGUCCAGUUUCAACGUCCAGCGGUAUCAGAGUCCCUAUAAUUUCCAGCACGUGGUGACCAACGCAUUUUCGGUGCUACGUCAUCAGCCCUCCGAGGAGCAGGAGCUCGAUUCUUAUCCUUCGCGACCGCAACAGGCCAUCGUGCGUCCCAUAAGACGUGAGGAAGGCACCGCGGAUCACCAGGAUCGCCAUGUAGUGGAGCCCGCGGGGAAUCCACCUCCGAGAUCCUUCUUCUCCCGCAGCACCCAGGAGGUGCGCAGCUUCGCCGAUGAGCUGAGCCAGAAGCUGCGCUUCCUGGCGCCGGAGGAGCAGAACUACGGCGGUCGCCAGAGUGCCAGUUCCGGCGCCUGGAUGGAUCCAGCGAUGGCCCAGCGACCUCGUUUCGAGACCACGGUGCCGCAGGGCAUCUUCCUGCCGCCGCCGCAUGAGGUCCAGAUGAUACCGGCCACCAUGCUGCGGCGGCAUGUCUACGCCUACUCCUCGUACCCCAUGAUCCUGCAGGGCUACUACAGCAAGGAGCCGGCGGGUGAGCACAAGGAGCAGAAGGUGACCGCCACCCGGUUGAACGGAGUGCGUGCCACGGCGGCAGUGGCCGCUGCCACCGCCGCGGCCUCCAAAGCCUCCCAUAACGAUUCGCAAUCCCUCGCCGGCGGUCUCCACAUCACCAAGGCCCAGUUCCAACAGCAAUUGCAGCAGCGUCGCAGCAACAACGGCGACAAGAGACCCAUCGUCCCGCCGCCGGAGCCCUACAAGAACGUCAUGUACGACCGUCGCGUCAUAAAGGGCAGCAACUUCGGCAACUCCUCGCUGGUGACGGAUGUGGAUCCCUUCGACAAGGCCGCCGAAUUGAGGCGCCGCAAUAUGUUGCGCAAACGGACGGUGCAGUGCCGCAACCAGAGGAACGUCCUGGGAACUCCGCCCCCGGUCAAGGGGCGAAAGCACGAGACCAUUCAGACGGAGAAGUACCUGGAGAAGUUGGUGCAGCGCCCGCCGGAGUUCUCCAUCGACACGCAGACGGAUCUGUUCCUGGAGAAGCCGCCAACGCCUCCCUUUGUCCCGGCCAAGGUGGGCGUGGAUGUGGGCACCGAAAUCGGCGAGGGCGAACUCUUCCACUUCGAUGCCGAGGCCCAGCCCAUCAUCGAUGUCCUGGUGGACGCGUGCAUCGAGCAGAGCAUGCUGGAGGUGGCUCACGAGAUGGAGCUGGCCAAUUUGCGCCGCAAGCAGGAAGAAUUCCUUGCCCAGAGGGAGGCUGAGCUGGCCGAGCUGCGUCGCUUGGAGGCGGAGGAGAUGCGCUUGCAGGCGGAGAAGGAGCGCCGCCUGCGCCAGGAUGCGAUUGCCAAGGAGCUGGACGCUGAGAUGCAGAAGAGCGUGACGGCGGCCAAGCUGCUCCAAGGGCACAUCGCCAGUCUGGUGCCCGAGGUCCUGGAGAACAUUGAGCCGGCCAGCGAUGCCGUGAAGAAGGAGCAGCUGAUGAAGAGCAUCUGCCCGUGGCUGUCCGCCGAGGUGGCCGAGGAAGUGGGCCACAUUGUGGACUCGCGCGAGAUCCUCACGGCCAUCAUUCAGGAGAUCAUCAAGCAGCGCGCGGAGGUCUAUGCCGGCUACAGGGACCCCGAAUCGGAACCAUCCGCUCCGGAUGCGGGCAUUUGCGAGGAGGAGGGCUGCGCCAUUGACGAGAUGGAGGCGUGUCCCUGCGAAACGGAAACGGAGGAGUGCCCCGAACCGCCGCCCCCGCCACCGCAUCUCUAAAUGAUUUCGUUAGUUUAGUUAAUAUUUCGAGUCCUUUGAUGGUGAUUCUAGACUCCACACAGACACACACUCACACCUCUCACACCUGAAUGGCUGCAACUUUGUUGUUGUGUCUGGCGAAGGACUCGAUUCGCCGCAGGACUCGCAAUCGGGCGCCAAACACAACUGCACAGCGGCGGCGGGAAACGGAAUCGAAUGGCAUAGGUAAACUGGAUAAUUGUUAAAGGUUUUUGUGUUACCUAAAAUUCUACGAAUAAAGCUCGACAAAAAAAAACC